AUGUCUUACCAUCCCCACGACCUGUUGAUUGCGAAGUACUUCCCGGAUGAAGACCUUUCCUCCAUAGACUACGACUCGGUCCAGUAUGCAGCUUUGUACGUCGGUGCGCUUGAUGAGGAACGUAUGGGCCGAGAACCUCCUCGCAUCCCAUGGCCACUGCCCCCUCAGCGCCCGGAGGAACAUCUUGAAGCCAGUGUGGAGCAAUGGCGGAGCCAGACGCUUCGGGCUGUCGACGCGCGCGUAGCUGUCUUUACAUCUCGUUCUGUCCCGCAGCACACAGUAGCAACGAAAGCUAUAGCGACAAAGCCUACGGCAACAAAGGACCUUGAAGCUUCAGCACCAAUAAGUCCACUCACUCCUACCCACCGCCUCCUCGUCAUACCCGAGCUCUUGGAACUUAUUCUCCGGCAAGCGACGGCUCAGGUUCAACAUACCGCAUGGGACGUCAAUCGUCUUUGGCGGUGUACAAUCGAACAUAUCCUUUCGACUCAGUACCGCUCUCACUUUCCAUGUCCUCCAGUUGAACAUGGCGAACCUAUCGAUAUGGCCAUAUGUCCGUCGUGGAUGCAACCGUCGGAAGAUGAGAUUGCUAUUGUCGAGAAUCAGACCACGGAUGAUUCGCAAAGAGCUCAACACGAGCAUGCGCUAGUCUGCUACCCAGCCAGAAUUACUCAAGCCAACUCGCUAUCCGAAGACGCUUACCUGACCAUCCGAAGAUCUUACCAACGGUUUGGUUGGAUGGGAGCGUCUACGCCUGUGGCCAAAGUUCCGCUAUGGCUAGACCUCAGCCAGUUCAAGAUGAAUCCUCACAUCAUGGAACUGUUUGGUAACCGCAUGGAGCUAAAGCUCGGACGAUGUAAAAUCGCCUUGAAGGCAGAAGAUUCAAAAUACACACUGGGCAUUACUAAGCACUGA